AUGAGACUCAGAGAGGAAAAUGGGAAUGAUUUCAGCUUCUGUAUUGAAAAAUUGACUAGUCUAUGUGCGUUAUCGAUUACUUCUGAGGGUGAGAAUAAAGUUAUUGAUUUGGCAUCUCUUUCUACACCGCCUCCAUAUCUUCAAAGAUUGUAUUUGUCAGGGAAAUUACAAGAGUUACCAAGUUGGAUAACUUCUCUUCAUAAUCUAGCCAGGUUAUAUCUGAAAUGGAGUUGUUUGAAACAAGAUCCAUUGGCGUAUCUGGAGGAUUUACCAAACCUUGCACAUCUUGAACUGCUUCAAGUUUAUGAUGGUGGUGACAACAAGCUAUUGCAUUUCAAGUGUGGGAAGUUUAACAAGCUAAAGGUUCUAGGCCUUGACAAAUUUGAAGGACUCAAUAGGGUGAUAGUAGGUAAAGGUGCAAUGCCUUGCCUAGAAAAACUGAGCGUUGGACGUUGCGAGCCACUGAAGAAAGUUCCGUCGGGGAUUGAAAACUUGAGCAAACUUAAAGUCCUAGAGUUUUUCGAUAUGCCAGAUGAACUCAUGGAGACAAUAUGCCAACACGGUCCAGGAAAAGAUUACUGGAAAAUAUCACAUAUACCAGAAGUUUAUUCUACCUAUUGGAGAGAUGGUGGCUGGGAUGUUUAUGCACUAGAAAGUUUCAGAGACUGUUCUCCCCGAUCCGGCACAGUAGUGAGAAGCCUCGAAGGUUUAGCUUCAAACUAUGGAAUAACAAAAAUGUGUAUAUUAACAAAUUUAGCUGAGUUGUUUCAUGUAUAUAUGUCAGCACUCCAAAUAAAGGUGUAG